AACUACACUCCCCACAACCCUUUGCACCUCCCGCUCGCUGCGGUUGCUUAGGGCCAAUCGGGAGAGGCAGCUGCGGCGGGGGCCGAGGAGGGACAUUUUAAAAGGGCCGGAGAUUGCGGGCGUCAGUGGCCAUGGCGGAUACAGCGACUACAGCAUCGGCCGCGGCUGCGGCUAGUGCCGCUAGUACCUCGACCGAUGCACCUCCUUUCCAGCUGGGCAAACCCCGCUUCCAGCAGACAUCCUUCUAUGGCCGCUUCAGGCACUUCUUGGAUAUCAUUGACCCUCGCACGCUCUUUGUCACCGAGAGACGUCUCAGAGAGGCUGUGCAGCUGCUGGAAGACUACAAGCAUGGGACCCUGCGCCCGGGGGUUACCAAUGAGCAGCUCUGGAGUGCACAGAAAAUCAAACAGGCUAUUCUACACCCGGACACCAAUGAGAAGAUCUUCAUGCCUUUUAGAAUGUCAGGUUACAUUCCUUUUGGGACACCAAUUGUAGUCGGUCUUCUCCUGCCCAACCAGACACUGGCAUCCACAGUCUUCUGGCAGUGGCUGAACCAGAGCCACAACGCCUGUGUCAACUAUGCAAACCGCAAUGCUACCAAGCCUUCACCUGCAUCCAAGUUUAUUCAGGGCUACCUGGGAGCUGUCAUCAGUGCUGUCUCCAUUGCUGUGGGCCUUAAUGUCCUGGUUCAGAAAGCAAACAAGUUCACCCCUGCCACCCGCCUUCUCGUCCAGAGAUUUGUGCCAUUCCCUGCUGUAGCCAGUGCCAAUAUCUGCAAUGUGGUCCUGAUGCGAUACGGGGAGCUGGAGGAAGGCAUUGAUGUCCUGGAUGGUGAUGGCAACCUCGUGGGCUCCUCCAAGAUCGCAGCCAGACACGCCCUGCUGGAGACGGCGCUGACGCGGGUGGUCCUGCCCAUGCCCAUUCUGGUGCUACCCCCGAUCGUCAUGUCCAUGCUGGAGAAGACGGCUCUCCUACAGGCGCGCCCCCGGCUGCUCCUCCCUGUGCAAAGCCUCGUGUGCCUGGCAGCCUUCGGCCUGGCCCUGCCGCUGGCAAUCAGCCUUUUCCCACAGAUGUCAGAGAUUGAAACAUCCCAGUUGGAGCCUGAGAUUGCUCAGGCCACGAGCAGCCGGACAGUGGUGUACAACAAGGGGCUGUGAGUCGUGGCUGGCUGGCCUGGGGACAGAGCACUGUUCCGGCUGGGGAGUUAGGAGCAGGGAAGGGCUGCAUCUGCAGGGAGGGGCUGGCUGACCCCAGCAGUCCUGGGCCACCUGCAGUGGUAGGGAGACUAAUCCAUUUACAUGUUAACAUAGGGAAUUCUAACACAUUUUCUACAGAAAAUAAUCAAGUGCAUUACUGGGCCUUAUGUGGAAUUGUCAAAACUCCACACAGCACAAUUAUGUAUGAAGCUAAAAUGUUGUAGAGUGCUCAUGGGGUAGAAUUAAGAUCCUUUUAUACUUUUUUUUUUUAGCUUUUAUUUUUUAUCAGAAUCAAGUCUGAGCCUUGGUCAUAGCUGACCAGAAGUGGCAGUGAAUAGGGGGUAGGAACCAGAGUAGGCCAAGAAGUUGGGUUGGUUUGGUGGCCAGGCUGGUAGAUUUAGGUUAUUACAGUGGCUCCCAGGGCUGGAGUGGGGGAAGGACAGGACAUGGUCUGCACACCACAGGAUGAACUAGCCAUGACUAAGAUCCUCAGGAAGUGGCCCAGGGAACCCAAGAGCACUGGAUGCUCUGGAAGAUUCCAUGGGCAGCUGGCCCUGAGCAUAGCCAGCACUCAUCCAUGCCAUAGCUGCAAAACCAGUUCCUGUGAGUGAAGCCCAGUGACACUGGGGCUGUGGUCACCGUUUGUUAAGACCUGACUGAUUCAAGGCCCCUAGAUGACCUCAGGUCCAGGAAGGACUCCCAAGAAGGAAUGAUGCUUGGCAGGAACUAUGGGCCUGUACUUGGCCUCUGAGAGAAGCUCCUUUUUCCAGGCCGCAGGCUGGAGUUUUGGGGGCUGAGGGUGGGGCUGGAGCUGAGCUGAGUGCUGUCUGGGGAACCUCUCCAGCCACCAAGGCUGCCUGCCCCAUCCCACCCUUUCUUGAGUAGAGGCUGUCCCAUGCCAGUGAGUACCAGGGCCAGAUCAAAGGGGAAGCAUCAACCCAGGGACAGUUGGCUCUGGCUCUGGCACUAAUGGGCUAUGUGACCUUGGACAAGUUCAUUCUCUUCUCUGAGCCUCCAGAAUGAGAGGAUUGGAUCAAGGGGUUCCUAUUGACUCUUCCAGCUAGACCUCAUCUUUGCCUGCCCUGCUCAGAUGCUGGUCACCCUAGGCACAUCCCCCAUGUGCAUACUGGACUGGGAAAGGGGAAGAUCCCUUUGGGAAUGGCCAGCAGUUCUCCUGAGAACCUGGAUCUUGUCUUUCUUUAUGUGAGCCCAUAUCCCGGGAGUACUUGACCUUUGCCCUUACAUAUCCUUGGAAGUGGCAUGGAUGUCUGGGCCUGAUGUAUGGCCACAUUGCUUGCCACCUCUCAUUCCUUGCUGCUCCUAUCACCCUUCUAUUUGUGAGCAGAAAGGAGGAGAGAGCUGUAAGAGGGCAGCAGGGUCUAGGGUUGGGGUAAGCAGGCAAGCCCCUGUCUGAGAGAUCCAAACAAAGAGGAAGCACCAGCCUCAGUGCACCCCUCACCUGACCCCAAUUAGAAUAGCAGCCCUUGGCAUGCAGCCAGCUCCUGGACACCUCCCCCUGGAGAUUCCAUUUCGUGAAAGAUAGAGAUGAUGACUUGUAAGAAAAGACUAGUGCAAGGCAUAGCCACAGGUGGCCACCCAGCAUCUUAGGGCAGGGGUGGUAUGUGAGGUGGGUCUUCUGUGGACACUUAUACCCUGCACCCUUGCUGCCCUGGUGCCCACCAGCUGGCUCUGUAGGACACUGUCCUGAAAGGGCCUACUGUGCCAAUGAGGAGCAGCCCGCCCACACCUAUCAGGAGGGAAGAGGGCAUAUUCAGCACGAAGGGCAAAAAAGCAGGGGGAGAAGUUGCCACCAUGUUGGAGGCGCAGGUUAUUUUGAGCCAAUCCCACUAUAAUGUGAAUGUGCUAGUGACUGCUGGGCUUUGUUGGUCUCUAGGCCUGGGCGUGACUAGACCCUCUUGUAAAGCUCACUUCAAGCCCACCCUACCCUUACAUGUCAUAAGACCCUUAUUGUGCACUUUAUCUUGGGACCAAAACUGCCUAGCCUGCCCCCACCCCCUUCCAGAAGCCUGACAGGGACAGGCCUUCCCAGACCCCACUCUGUGCUGGCUGCAUGUCCCGGUCCCUCCCCUAGCCCUCCCCAAUGGCCUCAGCAUCUCAUAACCUAUUUGAUUUGUCCCCUGGAUGAUUUCCAUUAUGCUCUCAAAUGCAAUUUCAGGUGAGCCAAGGGGACUGCUCCUGUGGGGGAUAUUCUUAUAGCUCAGGGUGAUGGUAACAGAGGAAAACAAUGGGUCAUGCUGCUAAGCCCUGGAAAACCCCUAGGGGAAACUUUUGGUCAAUAUCCAUGUCCUACUCUGCUGAGGCCAGAGGAAAGGUCUGAUGGGCAGGCUGGUUCUUGACUGGGGCAGAAGUGGGGCCUGGACCCAUAGUCAGGGUGGGGCUGACCCAGCCGAUUACAGUGUACACCUGCAAAGGCUCUCCAGCCCUGGAGUCCCUGCCUGACCCUCCUGGGGCACUUCAAACAUUCCCUUCAGCUCGGGGAUGCUCUUCUCCCAGUUCCAGACUGCAAUCUGAGGGUGUGGGGUCCAGAAGCUCAAGAUAUCCCACUGGUUGCCUAGCCAAGCUGGCUGGUAGACCCCUUGCAUGUUUUGACUGCAAGCCAGCUGGGCCUCUGGCCUGGGAGAAGAGAACAGGUCCUGAGGAGGAGAAAGGUCAGUGGACAGAUUCAAAGUGGUCUUCCAGCCUCGGGCCAGCGUAAGGCCCUAACACACACCUCGGCCACUCCCAGGGGACUUUGUAGCAUCUUUUUAACCUUCUCAGAAAAUGUCUCAAUAUGUGAUUUGCGUAAUACUAAUGAUCUGUGGACAAUAAAUGAUGGUUUAAAGCAU